AGCAGCUCCUGGCCUGGCACUGAGACUUAGUGUCUGCGUGUCACCUGCCUCCACCUCCCCGCGUGCAUCUACAGCUCUGCUCUCCCUUAGAGUCCAGCUUCCUGGGUGCCCUACCCCCUUGCUCUCCCUUGCCCAGUAUCCAGCAUCCCUUGGACAGACCCCGUUGCGGUUGGCUGCGUAGCUGUUGCCGUAGCCAUCCCCAGCGGCCGGCCGGCCACACAGCAGCCACCUCCCCAGGGCCAGCGAGAUGCAGUUUGAGAUGCACGACAGCGUGAAGGGCAAAGCCAUGUCUUACCCAGUGACCAGUCAGCCCCAGUGCGCCAAUACCUGCUACCAGACACAGCUCAGCGAUUGGCACACCGGCCUCACCGACUGCUGUAACGACAUGCCCGUCUGUCUAUGCGGCACUUUCGCUCCCCUGUGCCUCGCCUGUCGCAUCUCUGACGACUUCGGGGAGUGCUGCUGUGCGCCGUACCUGCCCGGGGGCCUGCACUCUCUGCGCACGGGCAUGCGGGAGCGCUACCACAUCCAGGGCUCCGUCGGGCACGACUGGGCUACCCUCACCUUUUGCCUGCCCUGCGCCCUCUGCCAGAUGGCGCGGGAAUUGAAGAUCCGCGAAUAAGGACGGUCCUCUCCUGAGUCCCUGGUCAAGCCUGGCCUCUCGGGGG